CUCGCGUCCAGCGAAUUACCAAGCCAUCCUUUGCCGCUUCUUAAAGGUUGCCAUCCCCCAGGCUGUGAUAAGUUACCACCACAUUUCUUUCCUUUUUUUACUGUUCUGCUGAUCAGCCGCUUGCAUCCAUUCGAAGUCACAUCACAUUCCGAUAUGCCUAGCUCUGCUGGAAAGGCUUACUAUCCUCAGCCGUUCGAUAAAAUUCGCUCGAGCCUGAAUACUAUCGGAGUAUUUGCUGUGCGGGAAGGCAUUGACGACUCUCCGACAAAGGACAUAUUGGAUGCUGUUGAACGAUUCAUAUCCAACGAGCAAGAUGACUCUAAGCAAUGUUUCGAAGAAUUACUGCCCCCAAUCUCCCGUCUUUACACCCAAUCUUAUCAACAACAUAUUUCAGAUGUUUUGUCCAAGACAGCAGAUGAACAACCCUCACCCCUUAUCUCCUGUACCCGUCCAAUGACCUAUGAGAAAUACACUUCUCGUUUCAGGACUAAUGUUGCCUUUCCGCGCGAGAUCUCAUCAGUCAAUCAGCGCGCAGAGGAUGAUCUUGACAAGCAAAAGAAUGAGGAUCUCGAUCGCCCAAAUACUAGUGUCUGCACGUCUUCUGGCAACGGUCUUCACUCCGACGCUAGCACCGAGCCUUCCUUAGUCAACGGAUGCGAUGGGAUAUUCUGCGAUCAUUGUCGGCGAUGGCAUAUUUUUGACCACAAUUACCAUAUGUACCUGGAGACUUUUACAGUCUAUGAGAGCAUUCAGUCUAUACCUCUGGAACGCGAGCUCAAGCUCGAUAUCUUACGACUAGUACAAAACAACAUCGCUCUGCACCCUUCCUUCAGAUUUCAGAACGACAUACUCAUGCUACCGCCUGCACCAACCGUGACACCACCUCAAAUGAUGCCUACACCAGCCAAGUCAACAAUUGAAAAAUUGAAGGAUGCUCAAAACAGUUUUGUGGAAAUAGCCGCUGUCUCGUCCAAUCUCGAAGUCUACUUGAAAUUCAUGGCAUCCGCCGAGUGCCACCCAACUUUUGGAUCCGCACUUAUGCCGCUUGUGACACCGCAUAUGUUGAGGAAUAUUACCCAGAAGGGACCUCUGUUCGGUGGUGAAGAAUAUGAAUAACAUUCCUGAUGGUUGAGACUUGGGUUGACAAUAGGACAGGCUCAGUGGGAGUGAGGCCCGAUAUAUGUGACUGCAAUCUGAUAUCUGCGUGGAGUUGCGAGGUGUUCUCUAGGACGCACAUACAAUUAACAAGGGUAACAUUCGUUCGCAAAUCAUCAAGGGCUAUCGUUGUCUCCUCGACCAGAGGAUCGUGUUACUUGAUUGCCAGGCAGGCCAUAAUAGAAUCAACCUGAUGCAAAGCGUUGAUUCCCGCUAGCUGAAUGAAGAUGAAGCCCGGACUAACGAAAAUUACCCUAGUCGAGGGCAUGUGCUUG